AUGCCUGCACCGGUGACGCUGCACAUCUACGACGUCGGCGAUCAGAAGGCCGUCUCCAAGGUGAACCAGCUGCUGAAGCCCAUCGGCACAGGUGCGUUCCACGGCGCGGUGGAGGUCUACGGGCGAGAGGAGUGGAGCUACGGCUACAUCGACGAGGGCACAGGUGUGUUCAGCAACGCUCCGAAGGGGUGCCCCAUGCACACCUACCGGGAGUCGGUCUCCAUGGGCGAGACGGCGCUGUCCGAGGAGGAGGUGGCCAAGCUCAUAGAGGAGAUGAAGGGCGCGUGGCCUGGGGUGGACUACGACCUGCUGAGGUGCAACUGCUGCAACUUCAGCGACGCCUUCUGCGUAAAGCUCGGGGUGGGCAACGUUCCCAAGUGGGUGACCAACCUUGCGGGCGCGGGCGCCACGCUGGAGGACGACGGCUUCAAAGCGGUACACUCCAAAGCGCAGGCUGCCGCCAUCGUGGCAGCUGCAAAGGCGGACGAGAUCGACGCUAAGUACCAGAUUCGAUCCAAGACAGAUGCCAAGGCCAAAGAUUUAGCGAAGUUCAGCAAGGAGAUGGACGAAAAAUACGGAGAAUCUCGGCGGGCGCCCAGAGCGCCCUCGAGAGGGCGAACUCAAAGUUCAAGGACCUUGACGACAAGCACAAGAUCACCGAGAAGAGCCAGGCGGCAGUCAAGCAGGCCUCGGCGGCCGGGACGAGCCUCGUGGGGAAGAUCAGCGACUGGUUCAGCGGCAGCAGGCCCGGUAGCGCCAACAGCUCGAACGCCACGAAGUAGGUGGACGUCUCGGGCAGCAGGCCGCGAUGGGCUGCCGCUCAUCGUGCGGAUGACGAGCGGGAUGGGACUCUCGCACUUUCAACAGCCUGACCGCCAAGGCGUGACCACAGGCACCUGA